CAUGCUGCCGUCACCCCUCCUCUGCCAUCACCCUGCUGUCACCCCGCUGCCUGUCCUGCCCUCGCCCCCAGCCCUGGGGUGUCCCCAGCUCCCACCAUCCACGGGGGGAUUCCCUCGGGAGGACAGGAGCCCCCCCCGGCCACCCUGCAGCGGGAAGGAAGCGCUUCCCGUCCCCUCCUUGGGUGGCUGGAGCCAUGUCUCCAGGGGAGCAGGCAUGCCAGGCAGCGGCAGGGCGACCGCCGGGGCCUCAGGGGUUAAAUCGACGCCCUGCAAAUUAAGGAACAAGAUUAGGGAAUAAGGGAUCCCACUAAAUUCCUCGUGAUCCCGAGCCAAGGGGAAAAUGGGACGAGGCGGCGUUGAGUCACUCACCGGAGAAGAGCAGCGUCUCUCCGAGGGGUCGGGCAGAGCGGCGAGGGAGAGUCCUGCCGGCGCUGCUAGCAAAGAUUUUCACCUCCCCUGAGCCGCAGGAGCUGCAGAUCACAGCGAGGUCUGGUGUUAGGAUUUGAAGACUCCGGCUUGCUGGUGAUGGAGAGUGUCUCUUCUUCCUCCUGGCCCUUCUCCACCAGCUUCCCCACCGUGCAGCCUGAGAACAACACUGCCCAUGACCUCUACUCUGGCCUCCAGAAGAGCAUGCACGUCCUCUCCAUGGUGGUGUACAGCAUCGCCUGUUUGCUGGGGGUGACAGGGAACGGCCUCGUCAUCUGGAUUGCAGGCUUCAAGAUGAAGAAGACGGUCAACUCCAUCUGGUUCCUCAACCUCGCCAUUGCUGACUUCAUCUUCACCUUUUUCCUGCCCCUCAGCAUCGCCUACACCGCCCUGGGCUUCCACUGGCCGUUUGGGAAGCUCCUGUGCAAGCUGAACAGCACCAUGGCGUUCCUCAACAUGUUUGCCAGUGUCUUCCUCCUGACGGUCAUCAGCAUGGACCGCUGCGUUUCUGUGGCCUUUCCCGUCUGGUCUCACAACCGCAGGAGUCCGGAGCUGGCGACCAGGAUCGCACUGGGGACGUGGGUCCUGGCUCUUCUCCUCAGCUCCCCGUACUUUGUCUUUCGGGACACUGUGGUCAGUUCCAGGAAUGUCACCAGCUGCUAUAAUAAUUUUGCACUCUCCGAUGACUACACCUCCGAGGCAACGCGGAGGCUGUGGAGGAUGCGGCACAAAGCGAUGAUCAUAACGCGAUUCUUAUGCGGGUUCCUCAUCCCUUUCACCGUGAUUCUCAUCUGCUACAGCAUCGUUGCUGUCAAGCUGAAGAGGAGGCAGUUAGCCAGCUCUGCCAAACCAUACAGAAUCAUCAUUGCUGUCACAGUCUCUUUUUUCCUCUGUUACUUCCCCUAUCAUGUCUUCUCCUUGCUGGAAAUAUCCAAAAACUCUACCAGUCAUGAGAUGAAAAUGGCCCUUUACAUAGGGAUCCCCUUGGUUUCCAGCCUCGCUUUCUUCAACAGCUGCAUCAACCCCAUCCUGUACGUAUUUGUGGGGCCGGAUUUCAAGGAGAAGUUUCGCCAGUCCAUCCUCUCGACCUUCGAAGGGGCCUUCAGCGAGGAGUCGGUCCUGGGCAGCCUGACCAGCAGGAGAAAGUCCAGGUCUGCUUCGGAAGCAGAGGUCCCAAGGAUCUGAGUGGGUCCUGGUGUGGAGGGGGCAGUUCUUUUCUCUGCAACUUCCCGGGCUACAAAGGGUUGUGCUAACGAAGUGUGAUUUGACCUUUUGGAGGUAUCUCAAACCUACAAUGACUUAAUAUACUAUGGAAAUUAAACAUCCGUCUGGAGCUGCAGCGGAGUGGGAAAGUCAAAGUAUGUUUUGCUCCUUAUGCCCCUUCCUUGGCUGCCUUGUUUCCCUGUAGCUUUUCCAUCUCCUAUGGUCCAUCAUACCUGGCAAAAUGUCCCACUGGCUGGAUGGGCUGAGAGGGUGACCUGCCUGGGCACUGCUGAGCUGUUACAGCUUCCAGAUUUUAACAGGUGACCCUUUAUAAAAUUUGCUGGGUUUGUGACUCCGCUGGCAGAGCUCCCUUUACUUUCCUCCUGCCUCCCAAGGAGGGAGCUCUCAGAUGUUCUCCAUGCUGCUGCCCAGCCCAGGGUCACCUUGUACAUGCUCUGGGGAGGCAUCUGGGGACAAAUCCUGUUUGCAUCUCCGUUGGGUUCACCUGCAGUGCAUUUGCACGUGGCGAGCCAAGGGGAGAAUUUCUUCCCUGCCCUUGCCAGACUUUCCUGGCAACUCAUCUUUGCUGGGCUUCCACCAGGGAGCAAAAUCAGGUGGAGCUGCACUAGCAGAGUACAGCUGUGCCAGAGGUGUAUGGCUGUGCUGGAGGAGUACAGCAGUGCCAGCAUUUUGGCUGUCCAGAGGAGAAAGGGAGGGAGGGGAGAGCUAUACCAUAACUCCCUUGUAAUUAAAUCAGUAAAGAAAACAAAGAUCCUUUCCCAUGGAUCACUCCAGUCUGAUGCAUGGGAUCCUAAAGCUUAAGGAGAAAAUAAUUUACAAAAAGCAGCUUGAACGUGCAGUGGGAUCCCCCCAGAGGCACUCUUACACGUGCGUCUUUUAAAGAAAUAGGGUUAAAUGAAAUGGCUGUAUGUAUUUUUGUAGGGUGUGUAAUAACUGGUAGGACACUCAUCUUUUCCCUCCCCAGAUAUGUGGCAGGACAAAUUAUUGGUUGUGCUCCAGUUACUCGGGUUUGAUGUACAGCAUAACUGUCUCUGAGCAAGGCUUGUCUGUGGUCAUGUUUGACGUGUUUCUGGCCCUUAAUUAGUGGAGAUCUGAAAUUUUGUACUGUUGGU